CCGGGCACUUUGGUGACGUCACCCAGGAAAGUACACAUUCUCACCGUGCUGCUGCAUUGAACCGAAAACAACCGGACAGUACGCAGUUUUACCGACACACAGCUCAUGACACUUUCAUAGAAAGACGACCCUGGGUGACAAAAAUGGAGAAACCUCCCUUCAGGCAGAACCAGAACUGCGGAGACUGGGAGCUGAAAGAGAGGCUGGGAAUGGGCGGUUUUGCCCAUGUUUACCUGUACCAACAUCAUGAAACAAAUGAAAAACUAGCUGUGAAAAUGUGCCGUCUGGAGCUCACACCAAGGAACAAGGACAGAUGGAGCAGAGAAAUCCAGAUCAUGAAAAAGCUGAAUAACAUCAAUGUCGUGACAGCCCGAGAUGUCCCAGAGGAAAUGAGGCACAUAGCCUUAAAUGACCUUCCACUGUUGGCCAUGGAGUACUGCUCAAGGGGAGACCUGAGGAAGUUGCUGAGCAAACCUGAAAACUGCUGCGGGUUGAAAGAGAGUGAAGUGCUUUCAUUACUCAAUGAUGUUGGAUCUGGUAUCCAGUAUCUGCACGAAAACAAGAUCAUACACAGAGACCUUAAACCUGAAAACAUAGUGCUGCAAGAUAUCAACGGAAAGCUGGUUCACAAAAUCAUUGACUUGGGCUACGCUAAAGACCUGGACCAGGGCAGUCUGUGUACCUCCUUUGUUGGCACACUUCAGUACCUGGCACCUGAACUGUUUGAGAAUAAGCCAUACACUGUAACUGUUGACUUCUGGAGCUUUGGCACCAUGGUAUUUGAAUGCAGUUGCGGCUUCCGCCCAUUCCUGCACAACCUGCAGCCUGUGCAGUGGGCCAGCAAAGUGAGGAAUAAAGGUCCAAAAGACAUCAUGGCUGUAGAGGAACCUAAUGGGGAAGUCCGUUUCUCCACACACCUCCCCUACCCCAACAAUCUGAGCAGCACACUGCUGGAGCCGUUGGAAUCUCUGCUGCAGCUCAUGUUAAAGUGGGAUCCUGUCCAGCGAGGAGGCAAACUCAACCCUGACACCAGGCAACCCUCCUGCUUUAAUGUGCUGGAGCAGAUACUCAGUAUGAAGGUUGUCCACAUCCUGAACAUGACCACAGCUCAGGUCCACUCCUUCCAGCUGACUCCAGAGGAAAGUCUCCACAGUCUACAGAUGCGCAUCGAGGCCGAGACAAAGAUUGAGGUGGUGAACCAGGAGCUGCUGCAGGAGACGGGGGUGUCCCUGGACCCCAGGAAGCCUGCCGCACAGUGUGUCCUGGAUGGAGUGAGAGGCUGGGAUAGCUACAUCGUCUACCUGUUUGACAAGAGCAUCACCAAGUACUCCGGGCCCCUUAGCGCCAGACAACUGCCGGAUAAAGUCAACACUAUAGUGCAAGAGGCAAAGACCCAGCUGCCUCUGGUGGUGUUGAAGAAGGUUUGGGGAGAAGCAGUGAGCUACAUCUGUGGGCUGAAGGAUGACUACAGCAGGCUUUUCCAAGGACAGAGGGCUGCCAUGCUGAGUCUCCUGCGUUACAACACCAACCUGACCCGGUGUAAGAACAGCAUGUUCGGCUUCUCUCAGCAGCUGAAGGCCAAGCUGGACUUCUUCAAGAGCAGCAUCCAGUACGACCUGGAGAAAUACAGCGAUCAGAUGCACUACGGCAUUUCCUCUGAAAAAAUGCUGAAGGCCUGGCAGGAGAACGAGGAACGAGCUGCGGCUUUUGCUCAGGUGGCGGAGGUCAGCCAUCUGGACGAUGAGAUCAUGGCUCUGCACUCGGAGAUAGUGGAGCUUCAGAGGAGUCCGUACGCUCGGCGCCAAGGAGACAAGAUGGAGCAGCUGUGAGUUGUGCUGUGGUCGUUUACACAAGAAAUGAUUGGUUUAAGGCCGAAGUGUCAGGGGUGCAACAAAGGUCCCCACCAGGAACCAA